UUCUUAUUUGUGUUUGUGACGUACCUACAACUACUUUACCAUUUUGCGAAAUUGUUUUCAUUUCGGUAUUAUUGUUUACUUUUAUGGUCAAAAAGCAAACUUAUGAAGAAUUUACGUAGCUCAAGUUUUAGGCUCUUAUUUUUUGGUAUAUCGGACACGUAUAUCGUGCAAAAUUUAAAAAAAUGAUCAAGUUUUGGAAAAGUGCAGCAAAGGGAAAGUCCGGGUGUCCUGUACGGCCUCCCGAAUCUAAUACGGCGAGUGGAUCUAAUACUGACGUCAGGCCUCUCUUAGGUAUACAACUGGAGAAGGAAAAUAGAGAUUUUACAUGUACAUUUGAAAAGAAAUCGAAAUUGACAUUAAGUUUGCGUGAUGUAUUGGUUGAAAAAAGAGCACUGAAGUAUUUUUUACAAUACAUGGAAAGUAUAGGCAAACAGAUGCUUAUCCACUGUUGGUUAGAUCUGGAUAAUUUUAAAACUGUUUUAUUACAAACAAGUAUGAGUAAUGAUGUUGAAAACAUUUCCAAACUAUGCCGAACUAAAAGCUUUGAUUUGCAAUGCAAAUGCAAUCCACACGCGUCACAAAGAUACAGCUGGAAAGACUCUGCUUCUCUCUCAAGUGCUAAUAACUCUAAAUUAACUAAGAAUGAUGGUUCAACAAGUUCUUGUGGGAACUUAUCUGAACAUACCAAAUAUACCUGUGACACUUGUGAGAAUAAGAAAUAUUUCAAUACCACUGAAGAAGCAAUUAACUUGUUUAAAAAAUAUGUAGCUUUAGAAGCCCCCUGUCAACUAGACUUACCAGAUAGUUUAAGGAAAUCAGUUAUAUCAAACAUUUGUCAACCUGAGGGGCACAUAAAAGAAGACUGUUUUAAACCAGUGCAGGAUGUUGUAUUUAACCAAAUUGAAGUGAACUACUUUAAUGGUUUCAUGGACAGCCAUUAUUAUAUUAAGGCACAAAUAGAUGUAUUGACUAGUGGCUCUCUCAACUUGGAAGACAUUCUGUAUAAUGAAUCCAUAUUAUUCUACUUUACUGAAUUUUUAGAACAGGAGAACUGCAGCAUUUUGUUAGAAUUUUUGAUGGCAGUUACACAUUUUAGAGAUAACUUACUGAAUGGUCACAACACAAACCCAGAGCAGGCGCAGGCUGAUUCCAUUAUCCUCUAUGACAAGUACUUCUCUCUACAAGCAACGAAUCCUGUUGGCUUCUCAACUGACAUUAGAUUGCAAAUUGAAAGUGAUAUAUGUAGAGAAGGAGGUCCAUUAGCAACAUGCUUCGAUCUACCUUAUCGAAUAGUGUUCAAAACACUAACUAGAUAUGUUAAGACAUUUUUAGAAUCUGAAUUAUAUUAUAAGUAUCUUUCAGAGAUGUUACACUCUGUAGAACAGAUGUGUUCUAAUCAUAAGUCACAUUCAGACUGCAGCAGUGAAUUUAGUAUAAGCACCCAAAAUACCCUUCUGGCAAUGGGAGAUCCUGUCUUCCGCAAGAAAAAGCGCAACCUGUCUGUACCUGACAUGACAAUAGACUCCAAUCAACUCUAUAAUGCUGAUGCUUUGUGGCAGCGGAAAAAGAGUGAUGGUCUCAGUCUUGGAAGAGUCAACAGCUUGGGCAGAUUUGAAUCCAAAUUUGAGCCAGACCCAGAUAAGAAAGGCAAGUCAGUUUUAAAGAAAAUGGUUAGCAGAUUUGUGCCAACAAAUACUUCAAAAGUUGAGGAGGAGAUGGCCUGGCAGAUUGCACACAUGAUUGUCAAAGAUGUCACCGACUUAACUAUGGCCCCACCUGAUGAUGAUGUAUGAUGAUUAUGAUGUGAUAGAUAGUUAUUGUUUAAUUAAAUAUAUUUUGUAAAUGAACUACUUAUAUAUAAACUUACUAUUAACUAUAAUAAAUAAAGAAUGAUAAGUUAA